UACUUGAACGAGUCACUUUGAAUCAUCAGGCCUCGCUCCCUGUGUCAAAUGAGGUUUGGAUGAACCCAGGUUUGCUUGUUCGAAGGAUGGAGAUCUCUUUCCCUGAACGGGGUGCCGGCAGGGGCUGGGAGCGGGGGGGUGACGAAGCCCUCAAAACCCCUCCACAGAAGCGCUUUAGGACGGCAGCCUCUGGGCACCACAGCCGCAGGCUCCCUGUUUCCCUCUCUCCGGGGCGCCAAGGGCUGGUGGCCGAAGCUGACCGAACACGGAGACCCCAGGGCCCUCCUGCGGCGCGGGCCGGGCCUCGCAGCCUCGCGUGGCCGGACCGCGUGCCCGGCCGCCCCUGCCAUCUUCCUCUGCGGCCGUGCGGGCGCGCGAGGCGCCCCUGGCGGCGGGAGGACUCGGCGCCCGAGGGGGCGUGGGAGCCGCACGGGGACGCUGGGCGGGCCUCCGGGGCGGCCCCCGCGGGUCCUUCGUGCCGCAGGGCCCACGGAGCGGGGAAAUGGAGGCAGCGAAAGGCCCAGGCGCGCCGGGUUAUCUUUUCCGCCGCGAGGGCCUCGUCGGGAGCGCCAUUUGUCCCGCGACCCCAGUCAUCUCCACCUGGACUCGCCCCUGCCCCGAGGCCUGCGGCGCGGGUCCUCCAGCUCCGGUCCCUGCCUCUGUCCGGAGCGGGCCGACGGGGCGGCCGGUUUCGCGAGGACGAACCCAGCGGGUGCCGCGGCUCCACACGGGGCCUCCAUCGCCGCCAACGAGCCAUGUUCCAGGCUGCAGGAGCCACCCAGGCCACCCCCUCCCACGAAGCCAAAGGUGGCAGUGGCAGCAGCGCGGUUCAGCGCUCCAAGUCCUUCAGCCUUCGCGCCCAGGUGAAGGAGACCUGCUCUGCCUGCCAGAAGACCGUGUACCCCAUGGAGCGGCUGGUGGCCGACAAGCUCAUUUUCCACAACUCUUGCUUCUGCUGCAAGCACUGCCACACCAAGCUCAGCCUGGGCAGCUACGCGGCGCUGCACGGGGAAUUUUACUGCAAACCCCACUUUCAGCAGCUGUUUAAGAGCAAAGGCAACUACGACGAAGGCUUCGGCCGGAAGCAGCACAAGGAGCUCUGGGCCCACAAGGAGGUGGACCCCGGCACCGAGACAGCCUGAGGCCCCUCUCACCGUCCACUCUCUCCUCCCUCUGUCGAGGGCCUGGAGCAGGCAGGGGGCAGGGUGGGAGAGAGGUUGGACCGGGCCCUGGUGGGGGCAGGG